AUGCUAAACAAUAGGCAUAGUUGUCGGAGUGUUGUCAAACUUUUACGUGAUGAACUCGCGAGAAAUCGGCGACGAAUUAGCGAUGAAAACAACCAAGCGCUCGCUAUCUUCUUUUCUGAACAAUUCGCGAUGAAUCAGCGACGAAUCAGUUUAUCGCGUGUUCGUCGCCGGUUUAUCGUUUGUUUCUCAAAAGACCAUUUUCGUCGCCGGUUUCUCAUCCCAAAUCGCUGAGGCCACAUUUUUUUUUUCUUUUUUUUCGUUUUUUUUUGUGUGUUUCCCGUUUCAUAGAGAAAUUGAGUGUUAAAAACUGCGGAAAACAUAUAGAAUAUGUUCCUCGACUAGGAUCUAGCAGCAAAUGUCAUCAGAACUUUGAAAUUCGCAUAUUGAACAUGAAUUUAGGCCAGAAACUUUGAAAAAUUGGUUUUUUUCGAUUUUAGGUAGUAAAACGAGACAUUUUUUCAGUUUCAUUCAAUUGAAAGAACAUUUAAAUGAAAUGAAAUAGAAGAUUCCCUAUCAGAGCUGAAAAUUGAAAUACCCUAUAUCGUACUUUCUGGAAUUUAGCACACAUUGAUUUACUACUUUUGUCAACUGGUUUUUUUCAGACAUCGCUCUCAUUCAAACAUCGAAAUCGACAUCAACUAUCUGCCAAACAGCGGUAACUUGAUUAUUCAAAGAACUUCGUGAAUAAAAACAACUUUUCAGGUCACUACAGUGUGUACAAUAA